UUCAUUCACAGCUCAGUCGAUGAGGACGUCUCUUUGUCUCCAGACCAGGAUCAUGUCCUCGUCCUCUCUCCUGUGCGUCCGUGUGAGCGCCGCCUCCCUGAUCCUCCUGCUGACCGCCGUGUCUGAUGCUCAGUAUUACGACUUCACGCCGCCUCCAGACUACGACUCGGACUACAACGCCACCUUCGACUACAGCUUCUUCAGUAACGCCAGCAGCGAGGACCUGGACCAGUUCAGUAAACCGUUCAUUGACCCGGAGGAGGAGGAAGAGGAAGUGACUGUUACUACCCAAAGAGCCACAGAGCAGGACACGACCGAUGUUCACGGCAACGCCGCACCACUUCCUGUUUCUCUGGAAAUCAGGACGCUGGUCUGGACUCUGGGGAUCCUGGUCAGCCUGCUGCAGCACACACUAUGAGGCCGACACACUCAGCAGCUGUUCCUGGAUCAGUUCGAUCCUGCAGAAACCAGCGUGGGUCGCCUGGUCUGAGGUGGGCGGGGUCGCCGUCACCUCUGUGACCUUUGACCUCUGCAGUGUGAGACGCCUCCAGAAAACGGCAGCGGAGCCACGGCUUCCCUCGGCGUGGGGUCACAGGUGGACCUCAGCCAAUCACAACGCUCACUGAACUUUAUCACACCGGGAAUUUCUGUUCACUUUUUCACUUUUUUUAAUUUGAAUGUGUGCGAGACCAGCGGGCGCAGCGUCGUCUCUUCAGUAUGAACUGUGGUGGGUAAUCUGUGCACGUACGGAAGCUCAUUAAUGACAAAACUGCUGAGUGAGAGCGAAGGAAAACAAAUCUGAACAAGUGGAGAAAGAAACAAAAUGUGAGGGUUAAACUUUCUUCUGGGAACUGACCUGAAAUCUGUUUUUCUCUUUAAUGCUUUUGUGGGUCUGUUUCCUCUCGGCCUGAACUCAGACGAGGAGGCUUCAAACUGAACCAACAGAACACGAGUUUUCUGACCUGCAGGUUCAGGUUUGGUUUCAGGAAAGAUGGUUAAAGGAAGCCAAAGUCGACUGUUGGCAGGAGUUGCGAUGCGAAUGCUGGAUACUUUGUUGAUCCAUCCCUCAAAAAAAACCACGACGACGUCUGAACGUGUGACGGGAAACAAAACAUAACGACGUGUUUUUGCUUUUCUCUGCUACCGUAAAACUCCGAUUAAUAGCCGAGCUUGACCAGGCCAAUAUUUAAAACUGAAACAGGAUGCUAUGAAACAGUUUAUUUAUAAUUAACAGAAUAUUACUUUUAUAAAAAUGAUCCAAUAAUAUCGAAAACACGUCAUUCAUUUGAUCCAGCUCCGACAGACGGCGUCUUAUGCGCUUUUAUUUUGAAGUCAACAUCACGACAACAACAGGCUGCAGGAUGAGAGAAGUUAGCAGACAGAGAGCGACGGACUUCACGUGACAGGAUUCACAACUUGGAUUCAUUUUUAUAAAAUGCUGUUCUGGUUCUUUUGAUGGGUGGAGCCUUACAGACGGAACGGACACAUUAACGAGGCUUCAAAGGUAACACGAGUCGGCACUUUUCAUCCCUUGUACCAUCAGGUUACACCUGUAAAUCUCUAAGAAUGAGACUUUGGGGCUCGAUGUUUCUGUUAAAUGAACUGAACGACUGAAUCGUGGAGAAUCUAACCGAUCUAACGAUGUGCAGCGUGUCCACACCGACACAUUGAUCACACGUUUAAACAUUAAAUAUGUGGAUUAACAGUUUGAGCAGCUCAGAAGCAGCUAAAGCGGCGACCCCGCAGGGUUUAAGAGCUUUUAAACAUCCAGAGAACUUCUAUAAAAACCAGACCAGGCUUUUAAUGGAGACCUGCGUUUAUUUGUCCAAAUGUGUUCCCACAGCAGGCGGCUGUUUGGGACUCGGCUAUUAAUUUUAGUUUUACGGUACUCAGAUCCUCUACUGCAGUAAAAGUACUAAUACCACUAUGUAAAAUACUCUGUUACAAGUAAAAGUCUGCGUAUAAUCAGGCCUCAAAGUAUCAAAGCAGGCAGAUGUUGUCUAUCAUACCUGCUCAUCAACGUGCAGCAGGAUGUUGAGCUGUUCAGUUUCAGACUGCAGCUGAUGAUUCUUUUCGUUCUGGAUCAAUCUGCUGAUUUAGUUUGUAAAGAUUCUGCCGUCACAGUUUCCCAAAGCCCAAAGAUGUUUUACAGGAAAAUAAAUGAAUCCAUAAAACUUCACAUUUUAUAAAACCGUGUUCUUUCUGCGCUCGUCAGCUCGUCUGAGUCUCCGCCUGCUUCAGUUUUGUCAUUAAUUAACUCCCAUAAAUCCACCUGAACUGAUGGUUUAUGUUGAACUUCUGACUGACUGAGACGUGGCUGUGUUUCCUGAACAGCGGCGCCCCCCGGUGUCGCAGCCCCCAUCAGCUCACUCAGAUUAAACAUCUCAAAGAGAAAGAAGUCACUGUACCAGCUGUGGAAAUGUUAACGUACUCCUCCACGUUUCAUCUCUGGAAACAUCAUAACAGCACUUCUCAGUUUGUUGUACGUCGUGUUUCUUCUGUCAUAGAUUAAUGAAGUGAAAUCUAACGAUAAGACUUAAAUUAAACUCUGCUUCACUUCUCAUGCCGCUGUUUGAUUAUCCACUGUAACUUUUUAAUUCAAUCAUCUCUCUUCAAAUUAAAAGUCUUCGGACAUAUUGCUGAUGUUUUCUGCAGAGAACUUUUUUAACGUUUUAAAAUAUUACAGAAAUUCAGUUUAUCAAAGCACAUAUUAAAAAAACAAGAACAUUAGAGGACUUUAUGUGUUUUAUUGUUUUACUUUAAUAUUUGUUAAUAAAAUGUAUGAAAAGUUAUUAACAGCUUCUUGUGGAUCUUUUCAUGCAGCGUUUUUUUACUCUGUCAAACACACACGUGAAUCCUUCUUCAAUCCUUUUUGCUGGAAUCAAACCAGACUCCAGCAGAUUUUCCUGUAAAUCUUUAUCGGUUUUUCUGGCAGUCAAACGUCAGCAGUCCCGAUGCUGAUGUUUGUUUUUGGUGUUUAACCCUUUUACAUUUUUGUCUUUCAUUUCGACUCGUCACCACUAGUUUUACACUUCUUUAUGGAAUUUAUCAGGAAAAAACAAACUCAUUUACAUGAAAUUCUACUUUUUCUUUUGAGUAAAAUAAGCAGAAAUGGUUGAUUUAUUCUGGAUGGUCACAGUUUUGCUCUUUGUUUGCUCUGUUCUCGGUGAAUAAAACUGCAUUGACCUGCA